UUAUUUAUACUUCGUAUAAACAUGACUGAGAUGAUAUAUUUUUUUUCUAAAUUGUAGUAAAAAUCUUAAAAAAUACGUUUACGUUUUAGAGUUUCAAACGUUCUUUAUUUGCAAUAUGGGUAAUCAUGGCCCAGAAACAAGUCACGAGGAGCGCACCCAUCGGCGGCUGCAAAUCGUGUAUGCGCGCAAAACCCGUGAGCGUCAAAUAUUUAUGCAAGAACUCAAAGAAAUCCGCAAACAACGAGACAAGCGUCUGUUCAAAUCAAUCAAACAAUCCAUCGGCCCUAAAUGGUAUCAAGUUCUUGGUGUAACACAGAGGAAAGCUUUAGAUAGUUUAGAAUUUGCCAUAUACCAAGAUAUAUUGGAAGGGCGGCCUACAAGAACCAGAGGUAUUAUGAAAGUGCUCGGUUUAUAUCCACGACCGAACACAAUAGACCUCAUGAAUUGCGUUUAUUUAGGGCGUCAUGACCCUAAAGAAAUGUUAGCACAACUUUUUCUGAUGACUUACGGACACUCGAUAGACGGAAAGCAGUUGUCUUAUUGUCUUAACGCCAGACUCAUGUUGUCAGGUAUACUGUACCUUGGUCUAGAUAAUCUCAUAAGUUUAUUGCGAGAUAGGUUUCGUGCAGAGCCGGAGAAGAAAGAACCAGCGCCUAAACGAAAACCUAAGAGCGAGCCGCCGCUUGCAUCCCCUUAUCUACAAAAGCUGAUCGCUUACCUUUAUGAGCCACCUGCGAGAAAACCGUUUAAACCUGCACCUCUUCCUAAUUUAGAUGAUCUGAAUGACCCUUUAGCUUACACAGAAGACGAGGCCCCUGCGGUGUACAAGCCGCCUCCUCAGCCGCCGCCGCCCCCGCCACCGAAAAAGAGAUUACCUCGAGGUUACUGCGACAAAAUAGCCGGCGUGAUGACCAUAGAACCGUACUCCUCUGUCACUACUCUUACGGUAAAGACAGUAGGACGCGGCAGCCAUCGCAGAAUACGAAGUUCAAAAAUAUGCUUGUCGGAAGUAAAGAAAUCGUACGGCAUUGGUGGAGGGAAGCCGAAAGGCGGUCGCAGAAGGAAACCCGUCGCGCCCUCCACCGGCAAUUCGAACGCCCAGUACCUCAUUAACGGAGUCUACACUAUAAAUGGAAAGUCGGUGUUUGUACUAGGAAACGUGACAAUAUUGCCCGCGUCUGGGGAUCUCAUACACGGCGGAUACAAGUAUAUGGGUAAUGAAUGCAUAAAUAUACACUGCGGUUACCGUGCGCGACCGCCGCCGCCGAAACCCGAUCCUUGCGAUUGCGUAAAGAAAUGGCAAGACACAGUGCUCGAGUAUGUGAAAAAAACAAAAUGCUAUUGCGGACAUCACUACGAUUAUGGCAACGAAGGGAACUUUCUACCUGAAGAUUUGCCAUUUUUUCAAAAACCUACCAGAGGUUCCCCGUUUACAUUUAAUUAUCACACUAUAUACGAUAUAAACGAGAAGCGUUUGUAUGUCGAAAAGGAGUUCAAAAAGAUAUGGGAUACAGACAGCGUCUUACACGUUGAUGAUGGUACGGUGAAGGACAAGAAAGAUAAAAAGAAAAAGAAAACAAAACGUUCGUCGACGACUUGUCUGGGCCAGAAUCCGAAGCCGGUGGACUACUUGAAAUGUGCGCUACGGAUGAUGAAACAAUUGAAUGUCGCGGCACGACUCCCAGACAUACAUUUAGUCCCGGAGCUAAAGGAAUGGAUGCGACGGAGGAUAUACGGCCCUCAUUCUGCAAGUUCAAAGGCGGACAAACUGCGCAAGAGCUCUAUACACUGGCAAAUGUUUAAAACCCUCGAAAUGAAUGACUAUGGACACGUGUAUCCGCCCAAGGACGACAGGUUUAUGGGCGAGACGGAUUGGGUACAAAAAUUUGAUUUGCAGAAGAAAUUCAAAAAAUAUACUCAGAAAUAUCGUCUGGAGUUGUACAGAUCGUAUGCGUACCUCACAAAUCUGUUGUGGCCGUCGAUGUGUCAGGCUCAGUUCCCGGACAAGAAGUUCCGAGAAAUAUACUUUUCGUAUUUGUCGGCGAGGGUCGAGGAUCUGCAGCUUAUGCACCCUUAUAAUCCGAAAGAGGCGGCUGAGCGCAAGUUCACACUAGCUAGGCGACGCUAUGUUUGCUUACCAGCAGGGGCGGAAACACUCGACUGAUAUCAUUAUAAACAAAAUUUUCUACAGUUUAUACUAUCGUUGUUCAAAAUAUAGGCUCCAUUACUGACAUGUUA